GGUGGGAGGCGGGGGCCGGGGGGGGGGCAUAUUCGUAGAAGGGAGAAGGAGGAGGUGGGGUGACCGUGCUUGGUUGGAUGUUGUCAUGUAUGAGCAGCCUGAGGAUGCACAAUAGCGGGUCGAGAUCACGAAACUGAAUUGCGGAUUAGAAGAAGAGGAGGACGGGAGGGGGGGCGAAGAAAGCUCUUUUAUACCACCACAAAAAAAAAAAAAAACACGCACACACAAGAGGAAGGAAGGAAGGACGGAGACAGAGCGCUCGGGACCGGAGGACUCCGAUGCUGUUGUUGUUGUGGCGGCGACGAUGCGGCCCCACUGCUGGGUGAUGGUGGCUCUGGCGGGGGUCAUGUCGUACAUGAGCCCGGAGAGAGCGCUCGGAGCCCCGCAGAGGGAAGUUUCUCAGAGCAGGACGGCGUCGCUGUCUCCUCCGCCUUACGUGGUCAUCCUCAUCUCGUGCUCGGGGCUGGUCUCCUUUGUUCUGCUGCUCCUCACCUGUCUGUGCUGCAAGAGGGGCGGCGUGGGAUUCAAUGAGUUUGACAACGCGGACGGGGAGGAGUGCUCGGGGGGGUCCAGUCCCAUCCAGGAGGACAGCCUGUCGUCAUGCCCCUCGCUCCCAGAGGUCUACACUUUGCCCGUCAGGGAGAGGCCCAACUGCGCCGCCCUGCACCAUGGAGACUCCAAGACCCAGUACUUCAAAAGGCACACUUUGAACUACCUGCAGGAGAUUGGAAAUGGCUGGUUCGGAAAAGUGAUCCUGGCCGAGGUGCUGUGCGACUGCAGCUCCUCGCAGGUGGUGGUGAAGGAGUUACGCGUCGGCGCCAGCCCGCUGGAGCAGAGGAAAUUCUUGGCCGAGUCGGAGCCGUACAGGAGUCUGAAACAUCCCAACAUCCUUCAGUGUUUGGGCCGGUGCAGUGAAAGCAUCCCUUUCCUCCUGGUCAUGGAAUUCUGUCAGCUGGGUGACUUGAAGCAUUACCUGCGAGCCCAGCGGAAGGCUGACGGGAUGACGCCGGACCUUCCCACGCGGGACCUGUUGACUCUUCAGCGGAUGGCCUUCGAAAUCGCGUCGGGCCUGCUGCACCUUCAUGAGAACAGCUACAUCCACAGUGAUCUGGCUUUAAGGAACUGCCUGCUGACCUCCGACCUCACUGUGAGGAUCGGCGACUACGGCCUGUCGCACAAUCAAUACAAGGAGGACUAUUACCUCACUCCUGACAAGCUUUGGAUUCCUCUACGAUGGAUCGCUCCGGAACUCCUGGAAGAGUACCGAGGCUCCCUGAUCGUCACUGACCAAACCAAGACCAGCAAUGUGUGGUCCCUGGGGGUGGUCAUAUGGGAGCUAUUUGAGUUUGGCUCUCAGCCUCACAGGCACUUGAGUGACGAGGAGGUUCUGACAUUUGUUGUCAGGGAGCGACAGAUCACACUGGCCCAGCCAAGACUGAAACUCUCGCAUGCAGAUUACUGGUAUGAGAUCAUGCAGUCCUGCUGGCUACCUCCGUCCCAGCGGCCAUCGGUGGCCGAGGUAUUCCUUCUGCUCUCCUCCCUCCUGGCGGCCGAGCGAGGAACGGCGAGGGGGAACGUCGGCGACGAGGAUGAGGAGGAAGAUCAGUAUGACGAUGGGAGAAGGAGAGGCGAGAGCGAGGAGUCGUUUGAAAGACGCUGGGACUUGCUCCGCCCACCAGCCUUCCAGGCGGCGGCGCACGAGCGGCGGCGAGACCGCCACAGCUCCUACCCUCUGCUGGACCCGGUGGGAAUCCGCGGCACGCAUUCCUCAUCCGAGUUGGACGACAUUCUGACUGUGACCGAAACCAGCAAAGGGUUGAACUUUGAGUAUUUUUGGGAGAAAGCCCAUGCCAGACGGGGCUACAAACCUCUCCCCCCUGCUCAACCGAUUCCGGCUGUGACCAACAACAACCACAGGCAGUCCCUGGACACCCCAACUGUGGUGCCGGUGAUCAGCGCACGCAGCCCUUCCCUCAGCAGCGAGUACUACAUCCGACUGGAGGAGCACAUUCCCCAGGAGAAGUCGCCGACCCUCAAAGGGAAGAGCCAGCCAUCUUGUCAGCCGGACUCAAUUUGUCCCGGAGACAUGGAGCUUGUGGAAAUCCGCAGCGGCAUGCUGGGAAAAGAGCGAGUGCCCUAUUGUUCCUCUGACAAGUGUGCCGGUGCAAAAGGUAUGCAGACCGUGCGAUCGAGCGAGGUGAAACUCCAGGUUCCCAACACGGGCGUGGCUGAGUUCCGAGACACUUCGAGCAGAGUGACCGACUUCUCGGUGAUCGAUUUAGGAGAAGAUGAAGAAGAAGAUAAGACUCCUGACAAAAAACCUUCCUCAAGUUCUCAAGCUCCAAUCCUUCCUCCGAAACCUCGCUCACUGUCUUUGUCAUCAGCCAACCACCUUCACUGGCGCCCGCUCCCCGCACCACCGCUUGGCUACAGAGGACUUCCUCAUUACAACCCGAGUGGCAAAAUUGAGACUGACCCCCAUCAGAUGAACAGCUGCCCACCUUCUAGCUUUGGUCACCUGGGACUCCAUCGAGCUCGACAGACUUUGCCGCCAUCUCCGUCCCUCUCUCCCUCCCUUCCACCAUCCAGUCAUCCCAUUUACCCCCCAACUCAAACGUGUCCGCCGCCUCUCCCUCCUCAUACAAAACAAAGAACUUGCCCGAGCAACAACACAAACUCUUAUUCUAGGUACCGAUCGAUGAGAGACCCGCUAACCUGUGACCCUGCCAAGAGAGAGACCGGACACACAACAUCAACGCACAACUCAAAGGAGGGCGCUCACUCUCGCGCGAAAGACUUUGAGUCGCCCAUUCGCAGAGAAAACCCCUUGCGUCCGAUUUAUCGCAAUAUACCUCGCCCUCAGCCCAGGACUGACGGGCAGUCCUCAUCCAGUCCCACCUACUCAGAUGAGGAUGAUUCGCCCUUCAUGUCUCCUGAGAAACCGAGCAGCGGCACCUCGGUCACCCGUUCGAGCCCGUCCGAGGACGGAGAGCCGGGCUCCGGAGGGAUCCUUUCCCGGGGAAUGAAGAGGACCCAGUCCCGUCUCGACACCAUCUUGCCGGCAAUUUGGAAGGAAGAUGCAGAACUCCAGGCAGAACGUGUAGCCGCUGCCAAGAAAUCCCCCAUGCAUCUGUUUCUGACAGAGCUAUCAACUGCGGCAGAGCCGAGUGAGUGCAAGUCUGACAGUUCGUGGGAAGUUGGGCAGAAGGAGAGAAGAGAUGCAGAGAGAUCGAAAAAUGUCGUGUUGCCCAUCAAGGGGAUGCGACGUUCCCAGUCUUUGAUUACAGAGCUGGGCUCAGCUGGACAGUCGUGGGUGUCGGAGAAACACCAGAGCAGCACGACAACGGAGAAGAACUUGACAGCAUCUCAUGAAUCGUUCCAGCGAGAUCUUUUUCUGACGGAGGUCGACACGGACGCAGAUCUAAAUGGAGGGUCAGGAAAUGAUCCGGUGAAGUACCUCUACCCAUCCGGAUCUAGGUUGCAGCCAUUUGUUUGUGCCCCGGGCCUUCCCUCAUCCACUGAAGCUGAAGACGUUUAUUCAAAAGGCAUAAGAGGGUCACACUCCCUCCUCUCCGAGAUCAUCACUGGGAAAGGAGAGUGUCAACCACAGCAGACGGAGAAGGAGUCACAGAGAACAGAAAUGACGAGGGAGGAAUUCCUUAAGGAGAUCCACUCAGCGGAGACGUUUCUAACUGAAAUCAUAUCCAGGCAAAACACAGCUACAGACAGAAAAGAAGCGGAUUCCUCUCCGACCCCUCUCUCGCCCGAGUACGAGUCCAUAUGUAUCGAUCCAAAUUCAGCUCAGACCAUCCGCUUUCAAUCGGAGAGCUCCAUACGCUCAGCUAACCGAGGAAAAGAUGAAACGCAAACUGAGGCCAUCUACGCCCAAGUCACGAAGCGUGCUAAAAAGACCGAGAUCAAAGUUUCGACCAGACCCGAGAUCCCCGUCCUUCAUAUAGGCGCAACCGUGAAAUCGGGCACCCAAGGAAGUGACGCAGAUACCUGCCAGUCUGGGGACUAUGUCUUUUCAGAAAUCAUGCCCAAAAAUGGCCUGCUGCACAACCAAGCGCUUGCUUGUCAGAAAGCAGAAGAGAGUUCAGAUGGACCCGCCUUACCUGCGAGAGGAGAGGGACAAGCCGCAGAUCUUUCACAGCUUUCAGCUCAAGUUUGCAACAAGGGUGUUGAAGCCUCCAUCCCUGUGAGAUCACUCCUUGCAGAUCAUAUUGGCAAAGCUUCUUUCCUUGAGAACGGCAAGUUAUCCAGGGAUGACCCGUGGGUCAGCGGUCCAAAGCGAGGAGAUGGAAUCGCAUUGUGCCACGUUGACGCUGAAAAGCGCGACACCGAUAAGGCGUCUGUAGCAGCUGAUAUGGAUCACUCAAAAGAUUGUUGUGACCCGAGCACAAAUCUAGACGAUAAGCAUUCACAACAGCACAAUGAGAGUGUCCAAGAAAAACAUGUCGCUGAAAAAGCCGCCACCGCAACCACUCCAGACGGGGAGGCGUCGGGCGACGUCUCACUGAGCACCCCCACUGACUCCGUCCUGUCACUUGCGACAUCCAGCUCUGCCGACUGCCUCACUCCCAGCGAGUCCUGGAUGGGAGUGGGAGGCGGCGGCUGGCGGGCUCUGGGCAAUGAAACGCCGCAUCGGGACUCGGCUUAUUUCUCAGACAGUGAUUGGGAAGGGGAUGGGAUGAGCAGGAGGAGCAGCGACGGACUUGUCGGCUCCAGGCAAAACUGUGGCAGAGGGGGUGAGCGAGGAACACUCAUGGGGAUCGAGGAAAAAACAGAAACUGAAGAAGAGGGCGAGGCCGACUACAAGUACCCUUCGAGAAACAACCUCUGGAUAUCUGAGAAGAUCAAUACAUCUUGUCCGAAUAUGUCCGAAAAUGACUUUGGCACUGCCACAGAUAUUCCAAUCAAAGGGUUCGAGCCGGGGCAGCGAGACGAUUCUGGCAUUUUCUUGAAUGGUCAGAAGCCCUCCCGACUGCUUGAUGAUCCUCCAAUCCAAGACUGUGUUGACUUUAUCGAUAAGUUGUUCUCCAAAUUAGAAGAUGCG